GAGUCCCGGGCGCGCGUCACGGGAACGCUGCCGGGCGGCCGGCUGUUCUAGUUGAGUUUGGUCCUCAGUGGGCCAUGGCCAACGUCUCUAAGAAGGUAUCUUGGUCUGGCCGAGACCGCGAUGAUGAGGAGGCGGCGCCGCUGCUUCGAAGGACCGGGCUGCCUGACGAGGAGACGCCGCUGCUGAACGGGGCCGGGCCGGCCGCGCGCCAGUCUCAUUCUGCAUUUUUCCGAAUUGGACAGAUGAACAACGUGGAGCUGGACGAUGAGCUUUUAGACCCGGAAGUGGACCCUCCUCACACCUUCCCCAGGGAGAUUCCGCACAAUGAGAAGCUCCUCUCCCUCAAGUAUGAGAGCCUGGACUAUGACAAUAGCGAGAACCAGCUCUUCCUGGAAGAGGAGAGACGAAUCAACCAUACGGCUUUCCGGACGGUGGAGAUCAAGCGCUGGGUUAUCUGUGCCCUCAUUGGAAUCCUCACAGGCCUGGUAGCCUGCUUCAUUGACAUUGUAGUGGAGAACCUGGCAGGCCUCAAGUACAGAGUCAUCAAGGACAACAUCGACAAGUUCACAGAGAAAGGUGGCCUGUCCUUCUCCCUCCUGCUGUGGGCCACGCUCAACUCCGCCUUCGUGCUCGUCGGGUCCGUGAUUGUGGCCUUCAUAGAGCCAGUUGCUGCUGGCAGCGGAAUCCCCCAGAUCAAGUGCUUCCUCAAUGGGGUGAAGAUCCCCCACGUGGUGCGGCUCAAGACGCUGGUGAUCAAGGUGUCCGGUGUGAUUCUGUCUGUGGUAGGGGGACUGGCUGUAGGAAAGGAAGGGCCAAUGAUCCACUCAGGUUCAGUGAUCGCUGCUGGGAUUUCACAGGGAAGGUCAACAUCACUCAAGCGAGAUUUCAAGAUCUUUGAAUACUUCCGCAGAGACACAGAGAAGCGGGACUUUGUCUCAGCUGGAGCUGCAGCUGGAGUGUCUGCUGCAUUUGGAGCCCCUGUGGGUGGGGUUCUAUUCAGCCUGGAGGAAGGUGCCUCCUUCUGGAAUCAGUUCCUGACAUGGAGAAUUUUCUUUGCUUCCAUGAUUUCCACCUUUACACUGAAUUUUGUUCUGAGCAUCUACCAUGGAAACAUGUGGGACCUGUCCAGCCCAGGCCUCAUAAAUUUUGGAAGAUUCGACUCAGAGAAAAUGGCCUACACCAUCCAUGAGAUUCCCGUCUUCAUCGCCAUGGGUGUAGUGGGGGGCAUUCUUGGAGCUGUGUUCAAUGCCUUGAAUUACUGGCUAACCAUGUUUCGAAUCAGGUACAUCCACCGGCCCUGCCUCCAAGUGAUUGAGGCCAUGCUGGUGGCUGCUGUCACAGCCACAGUGGCGUUCGUCUUGAUUUACUCAUCUCGAGAUUGCCAACCCCUGCAGGGGAGUUCCAUGUCCUACCCGCUCCAGCUCUUCUGUGCAGAUGGCGAGUACAACUCCAUGGCUGCAGCCUUCUUCAACACCCCCGAGAAGAGUGUUGUCAGCCUUUUCCAUGACCCACCAGGCUCCUACAAUCCCAUGACGCUAGGCCUAUUCACUCUGGUCUACUUCUUCCUGGCCUGCUGGACCUAUGGCCUCACAGUAUCUGCUGGUGUCUUCAUCCCAUCCCUGCUCAUUGGGGCUGCCUGGGGCCGACUCUUUGGCAUCUCCCUGUCCUACCUCACAGGGGCAGCGAUCUGGGCAGACCCGGGUAAAUAUGCCCUGAUGGGAGCUGCUGCUCAGCUUGGUGGGAUCGUGAGAAUGACCCUUAGCCUGACAGUCAUCAUGAUGGAGGCCACCAGCAACGUGACCUACGGCUUUCCCAUCAUGCUGGUGCUGAUGACUGCCAAGAUUGUGGGCGAUGUCUUCAUUGAGGGCCUCUAUGACAUGCACAUCCAGCUGCAGAGUGUGCCCUUCCUGCACUGGGAGGCCCCGGUCACCUCACACUCGCUCACCGCCAGGGAAGUAAUGAGCACACCUGUGACCUGCCUGAGACGGAGAGAGAAGGUUGGAGUCAUCGUGGAUGUUCUAAGCGACACAGCAUCCAAUCAUAAUGGAUUCCCCGUGGUGGAGGAUGUGGGAGACACCCAGCCAGCCAGGCUCCAAGGCUUGAUCCUGCGCUCCCAGCUCAUCGUGCUCCUGAAGCACAAGGUGUUUGUGGAGAGGUCCAACAUGGGGCUGGUACAGCGGCGGCUGAGGCUGAAGGACUUCCGUGAUGCCUAUCCACGCUUCCCCCCAAUCCAGUCCAUUCACGUAUCCCAGGAUGAGCGGGAGUGCACCAUGGAUCUUUCUGAAUUCAUGAACCCCUCUCCCUACACAGUACCCCAGGAGGCGUCUCUUCCUCGAGUGUUCAAGUUGUUCCGGGCUCUGGGCCUGAGGCACCUGGUGGUAGUAGACAAUCGCAAUCAGGUGGUCGGUCUGGUGACUAGGAAGGACCUGGCAAGAUACCGCCUGGGGAAGGGAGGCCUUGAAGAGCUUUCACUGGCCCAGACGUGAGGGUUGGCUCUACCCUUGUGCAGUGGCACCGGAGCCCCUCUGCACCUCCUCCCAGGGUCCCUGGUCUCAGCCAAAGCCUUGCCCCCUGGGCAGUGCAACAGCAGGAGCAAAUGCCCUCCCUGGGCCUGGCUGGUGUGGGGGCCAGACCCUUUGUCUUGGGCAGUUGGUUUACAUCAUCAGCACUUUCCUUGUCCCCUGACCCCUCCACCCCUUGGACUUGCCCCUCUCCUGGGUUCCUUCUCCAAGGAUGAAAUGUGUGUGAUCACACCCUUGUGGCUCACUUCUCAGAGCCAAUAGAGGCUGGGUUGUGUGUGUGUGUGUGUGUGUGUGUGUGUGUGUGUGUGUGUGUGUGUGUGUGUGAGAGAGAGAGAGAGAGAAGGGGGGGGGGAAGGCAGGCAGGUGUGAGCUCCUACCUAUUGCUGUUUCUUCUGAUUCUGAGCACCUAUACUGUGGUUGUACUGCCCAAACCAGCCAAGAGCUUCAGCAGCAAGGGCUCUAUUGGGGAACCCACAUGUGCCAUCCCAUGUCUUUGUUCAGAAGAUGGCCAGACUGGUUCUAUGCCUAGGGCUUGAGAGCUGAAAAUCACAUGAAGACUGCAUCUGAGUUCACCUACAUCUGUCCCAGGCUGGAGGUCAUGGCAUUGUGGACCACAGCAGGUCUUCCCGCAGCACUUAGGACCCUGAUGGCCAUAGUGGCUUUGCUGUUACCUGUACUGUGUACACCCUUGGGCAAUGGCCUUCCAGGACCUGGCCAUCCAAGGGUGGCCCUAAGAUGGACCUGCAGCACCAGAGCCAAGGAGCCUCGCUUCUAAACUCUGCAUUGUCAAAGCUGCCUCCACUGGACCAAGCUCAACCUGACAUCCAGAGUCAGAGUCUUCUCCCCAGGACGCAUUGUAAAGAUAGUUGCAGUUGUCUCUGACAUGUCUGUUACAAGGCCACACAGGUCCUUCUUUGGAAAGCUGGCAUCUGCUGCCUCUCAGUUGUCCUCCCUCCAAAGGCGUGGCUCUUCCUUCUAUGAGGAGAUGGACUAAGUGUGUCAUUGAGUCUGGAUAUGAGAAAUGAGAGACUCCUUUUCUCUGUCCAGGGCUCAGCAUUCUGGGGAGUUAGGCACUCAGCAUGUUGAUAAAAUAAGUGCACCUUCUAUAGACAGUAGCUGCUGUCUGUGAUGGGCAGUGGUUGCAACUCUUGAGGAGUACUGCAGCUAGCCCAGGGCCCAGUAGGAGGGUCAUGUAGGGACCCUGACCUCCUCAUCCCCAUCUUACAGCCUUUCUCUCAGGCUCGCUGCAGAGUGUGGUUUCUGUCACCUGCUUGGAUGACAUCCUGUCCCCAAGCCUGGGCAUGCCAGGCUCUGCAUGACAAGAAGUUUAACUGACCCACCGUGCCUGCUCCGCUGGUCCUGGUGGGUAGGUCUUCGUGACAAAGCCAGGGGUGCUCUGGAUUGGGAAGGGCCAUAUCUGAUUGGACCCAAGGGGAUGAAGAACACUGCACAGGGCCUCAGAGACUUGGUACCAAAAACGCAUGUGCAAUCUGUCCACAGUCUGUGUUGACUAUAUGUUGAAAUGAUAUUUUUGGAUAUAUUAGGUUAAAUAAAACAAUCAAAACGUC